GGUAAGUGUAUGGGGAACGGAAGUGCGAGACACAAGAGGUGUGCCCAGUUUCAAGGCCCGUAGUAUAGAGCGUUGUGAUUGGCCAAGUGCAUGUUGGGGGAAGCACAAUUGGGGAUACUCGAUACCCGAUGUUGUGUACUGUAGUUCUUUGCAAACCAACUCAGGUUUUGUUGUCGAGUAUUCGAUUUUGGGGUUUUAUCCACAGCAGAGUAAAAUAUGUUUAUCAACAUGGAAGAACAGCUUUCGCCCAUAAUGAACGCACUGGCGAAAGCUGCCGUAUGUGAAAUUAGCAAACUGUUCUCGGAAGGCUCGGCUACCCUUCGCUUACAAAUAACUCGGAGCCUGAAAGAAAAUGAAGCGCUGAAGUCGAGGAUGGAAGUGAUGAGGAGGGAGCUGCUUUUUUUGCAGCUUCAAACCAGAACAAAUGCAUCGCGUGAUGCAUUGCGUGCGGCAAGUCGUUUGGCCCUGGCUCGAGCCAACAUCUGCCGACCUGGGUCUAAACCACUGGGGAAUGAAGACAGCGCUGACUUUGGGGACAGCAGCACACAGCGCGGCGCCACCUCAGAGAGUCGGCAUGUGGACGCCCCUGGCUCCUCCCAGAUGCCCAGUCAUAGCGAGGAGCUGAGGAUCCUGAGCGCCGACGGAAAAGGGGAGGGCCCACUGGCGGCAGAAGGCCAUGACCUCCUCUUCACUGCGUCUGAAGUGGAGGCCUUGAGCUCCCUGUCUGCAGACCAAAGCUCGACCACGAGCCUGGAGCGCGGCGAGCGGCUGGUCCGCCGCGAGGAGCUGACUGUGCAGCAGCAGACUCCAGACGCCAUUUUUGUCAAGGUUGAAGAGGAUAUUGGUGGAGGCCUGCCCGCUGUAGAAGACUGUGUUGACUUUGUAGACCGCAGCACACAGCACGGCGCAACCUCAGAGAGUCUGCAUGUGGACGACCCUGGCUCCUCCCAGAUGUUCAGUUACAGCAAGACGCUAAGGAUCCUGAGCGUGGCCAAGAGCCUGGAGCGCGGCGAGCGGCUGGUCCACCGCGAGGAGCUGACUGUGCAGCAGCAGACCCCAGACGCCACUUUAGUCAAGGUUGAAGAGGAUAUUGGUGGAGGCCUGCCCGCUGUAGAAGACUGUGUUGACUUUGUAGACCGCAGCACACAGCACGGCGCAACCUCAGAGAGUCUGCAUGUGGACGACCCUGGCUCCUCCCAGAUGUUCAGUUACAGCAAGACGCUAAGGAUCCUGAGCGUGGCCAAGAGCCUGGAGCGCGGCGAGCGGCUGGUCCACCGCGAGGAGCUGACUGUGCAGCAGCAGACCCCAGACGCCACUUUAGUCAAGGUUGAAGAGGAUAUUGGUGGAGGCCUGCCCGCUGUAGAAGACUGCGUUGACUUUGGAGACCGCAGCACACAGCACGGCGCAACCUCAGAGAGUCUGCAUGUGGACGCCCCUGGCUCCUCCCAGAUGGUCAGUGAGGAGCUAAGGAUCCUGAGUGUUGCCAAGAGCCUGGAGCGCGGCGAGUGGCGCGUCCACCUUGAGGAGCUGCCCGGGCAUCGGGGCGGCCGCAAGGGCCGGGCCCGUGUCUUGUUUGGCAAGGGUGUUCCCGACAAUACCAAGAAGACCAUGCCCACCCACAACGGAGAGAAACCGUACGGCUGUGACCAAUGCAUGAAGCGCUUCGUACGGAGUGCCCACCUGAGGAUCCACAUGAAGACUCACACCGUGGAGAAGCCCUACAGGUGUGACCAAUGCAUGAAGCCCUUCACAUGGAUGGGCAACAUGAAGCGCCACAUGAUGACUCACUCCGGGGAGAGGCCCUAUAGGUGCGACCAAUGCAUGAAGAGCUUCAGUAGAAACUCCCACUUGAAGGCCCACAUGAGGACUCACUCCGGGGAGAGGCCCUUCAGGUGUGACCAAUGCAUGAAGAGCUACAGUAAAAGCUUUAGCCUGCAGAUCCACAUGAGGACUCACUCCGGGGAGAGGCCCUUCAGGUGUGAUCAAUGCACAGAGAGCUUCAUUAGAAAAUCCAACCUGAAGACCCACAUCAUGACUCACUCCAGGGACCCACUCCUGGGAGAAGCCCUACAGUUGUAAACAAUGCAUGAAGCUCUUCAGGGCAAGCUCUCACCUGAAGGAGUACAUGAGUAGUACUCACUUUAAUUAAGAUUAAGUCAAGAUAAAUUUUAUAUAAUUAUUUUAUAUAAUUUUGUAUUCGGUUGCUAAGCGUUAAAAAAAAAAAAUGCACUGUGACGUUAUUUUUUCGUUUUGGCAAGUAGCCGUGUAAUAAGUGGGACAAGGUAUAGAACGCCGGUCCUUAUCGGGAAAAUAAGCCCCACACAGCGUAAAUCAACAUGCCAAUGUGAUUUCUUUUUAGUAUCCGGGAUGUACAGUUUCAGAAUAGACUGCUUGCAGUACUCCCCUUUUUCCUGUCCCAACAUAUCCUGUGAAACAAAGAGGGAAAAAAACAAAAAACAUACUGACAAGUGAUCUCUAGAUGUGAUCAAUGCAUAGUUAUGACAUCUAUACUGUGUAAUCACACAGAUACAAACACUAUCAAGUACUGUAUAAGAUGUAUACCUGGUGUGCAGUUUUUAUAUAGUCGUCCACAUCCAAGGCAAGUGUCAAUGGUGUACAUGGUGCAGAAAGCUUUUCUGUACAUUGCAGAAAACCUACUCCAUGUAGCAACACCUGUGUAAAAUUGUGAGUCAAAAGAGCAGAUUUCCAUAGAGACAAUGAAAAUCACCACAGUACUUAAGUAUUGUAUAGCACUGCUAUUAAAGGACUUAAUGUCAAGCCACUGAAAAUGUGCCCGUCUUUUCAAAUAAUUGGUGGACACAAUGUCUCUGAAUGUGGAACACACCAGAGCCAAUGUCUAGUAGACAUUAUGUCCUUCCUGGAUCAACACCUCUUUGAGGAUUUCAUAAAGCACAGAUGUUAGCAUCUGUAAAAUAUAGGUCAGGAAAAAUCAAGCUUAUUAACACAUUCCCCUGAUGUUUAGGUGUACAGGAUCUAGUUUAAAAAAAAGAAAGAUUACCUCCAAUAUGAAGCACCUGUCGGUGGUAGGAAGUGGACCUGUUAAAUCGACCCUGAGGACGCUCCAUGCUUCUUUGACAGGGAUGGGAUGGAGGACAGAUGCCACUGUUUUAUUUUUUUCAUGCCGCUGACAGCGAGCACACUCAUCAACCUGUAAAACAGGAUAUUCAAGUAAUUUCUUAAAUUUCUUACAAGUAUACUGUAAAUGUGGAACAGUGUAAGGACUCUGCAUAAUAAUUGCAUAAACAAACUAAGUGAAAUGCACCACAGUUUAUGUGGAACGAUUUUGGAGAUGUAACAUAUUCUUGCUGUAAUGUUGAUGUUUCUUUUCAUAGUAAUAUACUGGGAAUACAGGGCGGGAAGAUAAGUGUAAGCUAAGUACCGGUAGAUGGGGAACGGGAGUGGGAGACACAAGACUCGGGUCCAGUUUCAAAGCCCGUAGUAUAGAGCGUUGUGAUUCGCAAACACUCUAUACUAUUGGCCAACCGACUGGCUCAACUGGAAACUGCAGGCGGGGUACUUUCAGAAAUGCAGAUCUCACCCAAAAAAGCUUGUACGGCCUUAUUUCAAAGUUUGUAUGCGUAUGGCAGCACCAGAGACCCAAAACAACACCCCAAAUCCCAGAGAAAUUGUUGUUUUCAUUAUGUCACCUUUAAAUUAUUGGUACUCUUCUCCACACUGGAUAUCUGAAAUGGCAUCUGCAGGCAGCAAAUCUUUUUUAAACUAGUGUUUUUGUAGCAAUGCACUAGCAAUGUUUUGGACUGUGCAGCCACAACUAAUCACUAGAAAGAAACUGUUACUUUUAAGACGGCUCUCUGACUCGCAGGCUACAGCACUACACUGUAGCCAGCUUUUAGUUUCCACAUGCUGGACAGUUAAAAAUGUGGUUCAUCAUUUGCAUAUUCUCCAUAAGCCUUGCAAAAGAGAUAUUUUGGUUACUGGUACCAUGCCUGGGAAAGGCUCAUUAAAAAUCCUGAGCAGAAGUUCCAGUGACACAACUGAGUACAUAAGACAUCAGCAAGAUUAAACUUUCACACUGGAUCAUCUUCAUCCAAUACAAAAGGGUCUACCUGUGAAGACAUCAUUGAAUAAUAAUACUUGUAAACAAUUAAUCUGCUUACAAGAAACAAGAUUGCUUGUGUAAUCAGAGGGAAAACAUACAAUACUAAACGCAGCCAGACCAACUAUUUGUUUUGGCGUGUCUUGCUGACCAACUGGUGUAGCAGACACUUCUGGUGUUUGGUUCUGGUUCAAGUCAUAAAUAGGUCUGUUACUUUGCUGUUUCAUAGUCAUAGCACAUACAAGCCAUACUACUACUCCAACAUUUAACUAGUAACUGCAAAAAGGUAUAUGGUAAUCUUUGCAUCUAUACAAUUUUCCACACUGCAUUGUUGGAUUGUUAGCAGAAAGUAAUGCAGAUAUCAUGUACACUAGUUUUUUGUUACAUUGUUGUAACUUGUGAUAGGGCUUGCAUACCCUACCCUCUAACCCUUAAAGUACUGUUCUGAACUUUAUACACACACACACACACACACACACACACACACACACACACACACACACACACACACACACACACACACACACACACACACACACACACACACACACCUGGAUGAAUGUUCCAGAAUAGCAUUUUAUUGCAGGACAUUAUGAAGUUAAAAUGAAAACUGCAUUUAUAGAAAGGGAAAAGGCAUGGAGCUGCAGGCUAGCAUACGGCACAUUACAGUACGCCUCUGUAGUAAAGUAUAGCUUUCUUAACACCUUAAUGAGGCUCCUUUUUAGGCUAAAGUUUAUUAUACAAGUGCAUUUCAGUUCACGUAUCUCAGCAAAUAAUUGCAACACAAGCUCUGUAGAAAGGCUUCUUUAACUACAUCAAAUAAACAUCAAUCCUCAGUUAAGGAAAGCUUGAUCUCAUCAACCCACUCCUUUGAAAAAAAAUAAAGCAAGCUUUUAGUAUACAAAGCAUAUCCUGCACAAUAGCACCGGCAAGAACACACAACAAAACAAACAAACAAAAACAACAACACAGGAUCAGAUUGUCAUUCACAAAUCUGUUCAACUACACGUCCACCGACAGGACGGAGUUAUAUGUUAUGCACACAGCAGUGCUGACGGUAACUUACUCUCGCUGGUUCCUUUCAAGACAACCCAGUCUACAGUACAUCACGGGACAACAUGUUCAAGACCAGAAUUGCUUUGAAUUCUUUGCAGUCUUGAAGCACAGACCUGCAAAACCUUGCUACAUGUCAGUGACAUUGUACUGUGCUUAGCACAGUAGGACCACAGAGAACCCACUACAAGAAAGACCCACCCCUCUGAGGGACUUUAAAAUGAUCACUAGUUAAUAUACAUUUAGAAUUAGGUUGAGGAUUCCCUCACAUAGAAGGGUGUUUCAUAAGAAAAUAAACAGUAGCUAUGUUUAUCCAUUUCUAGUGGGUUGGCAAACAAAAGAAAUACACAUUUCCCAGAAGCAAAUUCAAAAUAAAUAGACAUUUUUCUCAAUGAUUUCACUAAUAAUUAUUUAUAUAUUUCGAUAUAAAUGUCUUUAUAUAUUUUUAUAUGCAUUAUAUUCUAGAUGAGGCGUAAGGACUUUGGCAGUUAUGGAGAGGAGAACCGAGGAGAGGAGGCGCGUGGAAGGGCAGACUCUUCCCAGCCCCGCUCGGGCAAUCAUGGAGGUUACACGCCUAGAGACAAUCUGGGGAACGAUAAUCUGGGAUCCAGCCGUCCUACUGGGCUAUAGUAGCACAAUGUCUGGGGGGAGGGGGACACCGAGCCUGGGCCGGACACCUGGACUGCUGGGGCCUGGUUUCCAGUUUAGUUACGGAGAUAAUCUACCGAAGAAAACAUGGAUGAAGCUCUUAGAGGCUUCUUUAAAGGUUGACGUUUACAGUCUGCACGAUGAUGAUUUGUGACUUUUAGAGACAAUUUUCAGCAUACUACUGCUGGCCGAGUUUGUGUUUGAGUGAAUAGGCCUCUGACUAACAUGAUUGGUCAAAACAAACAUGAAGUGAAAGCAAUGGAAAGGCCCCGUUCUAAAGCCUGAUUUGGGGGACUAGGGUUAUUAAGCCUGGAGGCUUAUAUGCCCUCACAGAGCACACAGCCGGUACAAUGAAGGUGAUUGCAAGGCUGGCAAACCGAAUCUCCAAGGGUAAGUUAAACACAGUAAGUAGAGAAGAAGAGAUUGGGAGGGAGGGAAACAAGCAGACUAAAAAUACAAUUGUCAUUUGUUAAUAAUCGGAUCACCCUCAAGCAACCAGACACGAUGACGACGGGCUGUAACUGUGACAGAAUUGGCGGUCCUACGGUGGGAUACCCACUGCCCCAGACCUCACUCCCUCGCCUCGUCCAUGGAUCAUGAACCCUCUAGAACACAUUCCUUCCCUACACUCCCUUCCCCUAAUAAAAAUAUAACUAUGUCGGCUUUUGCAUCGUCACCCAGCCUCGUUACUCAUCCCAGGGCUGGUUGCCAAACAGUAAGCAGUGCACAUAUGACGGACCUGGGACCCGGAUCAACGCUAGCAUCACAAGGCGGUACGAGAGCCAAGACGGCAGUCAGAAAC